UGUCCAAUUCUUUCAUCACCGUCUUCUCUGCGGACAUCAAAGGUUAAUUCGACGAGUACAGAAGUGGAGAGGAUUAUCAAGAGUUUAAACUUGUUUCCCAAUUCUGGCGUCAACUCCGGUGACCCAUCUUCCCGCAUAUUACCCGAUGCAGUGUCAUCAUCAUUGGUCGAACAACAAUUCCGCCUCCCAGCCCUUGGUGAUCCAGGGACUUCGAUUCGGAAUUUGGGUCAUUACGCCGGCUAUUAUCGACUUCCUCACUCACGUGAUGCAAGGAUGUUUUAUUUCUUCUUUGAGUCGAGAAGGGGUAUGAGAAAUGACCCAAUUGUGAUAUGGUUGAAUGGAGGACCUGGAGCCAGCAGUUCAAUUGGUCUGUUUUAUGAAAACGGUCCUUACAAGAUAAUCGACCAAUCCCUUAUCUGGAAUGACUUUGAUUGGGACCAAGUGUCGAACAUAAUCUAUAUCGACCAGCCCAUAGGCACCGGUUUCAGCUAUAGUUCAGAUGAGUCUGAUUUUUGUACCGAUCAAGACUGUGUUAGCAAUGACUUAUAUGACUUCUUGCAGGUAUUUUUCAAUGAACAUCCUCAAUAUUUGAGGAACGGUCUCUACAUAACAGGAGAAUCAUAUGCCGGCCACUAUAUCCCUGCCUUAGCCUCUCGGAUUCGCAAUGGAAACAAACAGGGUAUUGCUAUUGGAAAUGGAUUGACACACCCUGCUAUUCAAUACAAUUCAUUAAUAGAUUAUGCUUCAAAUAUGAGACUGAUCACAGAAACUGAACUCAGAGAUGUCGCCAAAUUGGUACCAGAAUGCGAGGAAGACGCAGCUAGAUGCAAUGCAAGGAUAGGAGGAGGAGGAAUCAGCUGUACGGAUGCAUAUUUUUCUUGUACUGCCAUAUUCAAACGUUUAUUGGGAUAUUAUGGUUAUAAUAGAAAUUAUUACGACACUCGGAAGGAACGUGUGGGUGAAACGUGUUAUGAUUUCUCGUAUAUGGAAAAAAUGUUAAAUAAGUCAUCGGUUAAAAUGUCCCUUGGAGUUGGCAAUAUUCAGUUUGUAUCCGUCAACCGUAUUUUUUAUGUAGCGAUGAUUAAUGAUUGGAUGAGGAAUGGUGCAGUGGAAAUUCCUCCACUUCUUGAAAAUGGAAUUAAGGUUUUGAUAUAUGCGGGAGAACGUGAUCUUAUCGUGAAUUGGCUUGGAAUCUAUAGGUGGGUUACUGAGAUGAAUUGGUCGGGUAAAAGACAAUUCAAUAAUAAAGACAUAGUUGCAUAUGUAGUCGAUCACGCUAUGAAAGGAGAUCUUAAAGAAUAUGGACCUCUAACAUUCCUUAAGGUUCAUGACGCGGGACAUAUGGUUCCUAUGGAUCAACCGAAAGUGGCAUUGAAGAUGUUGGAAAGAUGGACACAAGGUACCCCUAUGUCAAGAGAAUAA